AACAAAGGGUGUGUGAAGUUAAGAAAAAGAUGGUUGAGAACACAGCAGCCAAGAACCAUCCGCACCAGGUUUUUGAUGUAUCCAUUAACAUGCAAACUCAAGUUGUUGGCUCUAAAUGGCUUGAUGAUGAUGGCCGUACCAAGAGAACUGGGACCGUGUGGACUGCAAGUGCCCACAUCAUAACAGCAGUGAUAGGGUCUGGAGUUCUGUCUUUAGCUUGGGCAAUCGCUCAGCUUGGGUGGAUUGCUGGCCCUGCUGUUAUGUUCUUGUUCUCUUUAGUCACUUACUAUACUUCUACUCUUCUAUCUGCCUGCUACCGUUCUGGUGAUCCUGUCAAUGGCAAGAGGAACUAUACUUAUAUGGACGCUGUUCGCACCAAUCUUGGUGGAGCUAAGGUCAAGUUAUGUGGAUUUGUUCAGUAUCUGAAUCUUUUCGGAGUUGCCAUUGGAUACACUAUCGCGUCGUCUAUUAGUAUGAUGGCUAUAAAGAGGUCUAAUUGUUUUCACAAGAGCGGAGGCAAAAACCCAUGCCAUAUAAAUGCCAAUCCUUACAUGAUUGCAUUCGGAAUUGCUGAAAUCAUUUUCUCUCAAAUUCCUGAUUUUGAUCAGCUAUGGUGGCUCUCCAUUCUUGCUGCAGUCAUGUCCUUUACUUACUCAACCAUUGGUCUUGGACUUGGAAUUGCUCAAGUUGUAGAAAAUGGAAAAGCCAUGGGAAGUGUGACCGGAAUUAGCAUUGGAGCGAAUGUGACUCCAACCCAGAAGAUAUGGAGGAGCUUCCAAGCUCUUGGUGACAUUGCUUUCGCCUAUUCUUAUUCCAUAAUCCUUAUUGAAAUUCAGGACACAGUCAGAUCCCCACCUUCAGAGUCCAAGACAAUGAAGAAAGCAACUCUGAUAAGUGUGGCAGUAACAACCCUUUUCUACAUGCUAUGUGGUUGCUUUGGCUAUGCUGCUUUUGGAGACAUGUCUCCUGGAAAUCUACUAACAGGGUUUGGCUUCUACAACCCAUAUUGGCUACUUGACAUUGCUAAUGUUGCAAUCGUAGUCCAUCUUGUUGGCGCGUACCAAGUCUAUUGCCAACCCUUGUUUGCCUUCGUUGAAAAAGCAGCUGCACAAAGAUAUCCAGACAGUGGAUUCAUUACUAAAGAUAUCAAAAUCCCAGUUCCUGGUUUCCGCCCCUUUAAUCUUAACCUCUUUAGAUCGGUAUGGAGGACACUUUUUGUGGUCUUCACAACUGUGAUUUCCAUGCUCCUUCCGUUCUUUAACGACAUAGUUGGUUUGCUUGGAGCUUUGGGAUUUUGGCCACUCACGGUUUACUUCCCAGUAGAAAUGUAUAUAGCACAAAAGAAGAUCCCAAAAUGGAGCACAAGAUGGCUCUGCCUGCAAAUACUAAGCGCUGCUUGCCUUGUUAUUACAAUAGCUGCUGCUGCUGGAUCCAUUGCUGGGGUUGUUGGUGAUCUCAAGUCUGUCAAGCCAUUCCAGACCUCUUACUGAUGAACCCCAG